UCCUUUUCUAUUUCUAUCCUAUUUUACUUUUCCUUCCCCUCCCCUCUGUUCAUCUGUUUUGUUUCUUAAACUCCACCUAUCACUGGAAUCAUUCAGUAUCUUUUUUCCAACUGACCUAUUUCCCUUCGCAUAACACACUCUGGUUCCAUUCACGUCAUUGCUAUUGGCAAUAUUGCAUUCCUUUGGAUGGCUGAGAAAACGUACAAACGACUGACAGAUACGUGAAGAAACAUGCUCAAAACCACUCAUCGCCAGGGAAAUACAAAACAAAACUACAAUUAGAUACCACUCACACUUGUCAGAAGGGCCAAAAGUAACGCCUUAGGAAACAACGGAUGUUGGCCAGGAUGCGGACAGAGGGAAACCUUCUCAAACUGUUGGUGGGAAUGUAACCUGGUGCAACCACUCUAGAAAGCAGUAUGGAGGUUCCUCAGAAAGUUAGAGACAGAGCUACCCCAUUAGCCAGCAAUUGCACUACUGGAUAUUUCUCCCAAGUAUACAAAAACACAGAUUGGAGGACACGUGCACCCCAGUGUUUGUAGCAGCACUAUCAACAAUAGUAUGGAAAGAGCCCAAAUGUCCAUUAUUGAUGAAUGGAUAAAGAAAACGUGAUAUGUGUAUCACUGAAUCUCUCUGUGUUUUCCUUUCCUCGUCUGCAACAGGGUCCCGUGUCACAGGCUCGUCGCGAGGGCUACAUGCUGUGUACGCGCAGCGGGCUGGGCUCACGGUGUGCACUCAGUGAAAGCUGUUGUGGAUAAACACUUGAGCAGACAUACAGGAUCGCACAAGGAUGCUAAAUACCUGCUUUGUUCUCCCUCCAGGUGUGGCAGGUGAGGCGGAGCUGCAGGUGAUCCAGCCCGAGAAGCUGGUGUCUGUCACAGCUGGAGAGACAGCCACUCUGCACUGCACCCUGACCUCCCUGGCCCCCGUUGGGAAAAUCAGGUGGUUCAGGGGGACGGGGCCAGACCGGGAGUUAAUCUUCAGUUUCGGAGGGUACCCUCACUCCCCUCGAGUAACAAAUGUUUCAGACGCCACAAGGAGAAACGCCAUGGACUUUUCCAUCCGCAUCAGUAACAUCACCCCAGCAGACGCUGGAACCUACUACUGUGUGACGUUCCAGAAAGGGGCCCGUGAGGUGGAGUUUAAGUCUGGACCAGGCACCCAGGUCACUGUGAGCAGAAGGAGAGCUGGCAGCCCGGGAAAAGACCUAGAACUCUCUCCUUCACUCUUGGUGGCUCUCUCCCUGGGCCCCAAGCUGCUGCUGCUCGUCUCUGUCUCUGCCAUCUAUGGCCACAGGAAGCGAUGGAUUGACUGUGAGUCAUGGACAAGGAAGACAGAGCCAGGUGACCCAGGAGGAAAAUAGCACCGAGGACAUAGGAGACACGUGGAGAACAUUUCUGGAAUGAAGAGCAGAUACUGAAAUGUGAACAUGGGUCCACGGCUCCUUCCUUCCUCCCCUGCUACAUGCCAUCCUCGGUCUCUGCUGCCUCCUUCCUUCCCUGAGGGGCCCAGCCUAAGACAAGGAACAACUAGAAGCUUCCACAACCCUGCCCCAGAUGCCUGCUUCCCCAGAGACCCAGCUGCCCACAGUUCCUGCUGCUCCUCUCCCAGUCCUUGAUGCCCCCAGAGCUGGUCUUCAUACCUGGUCCUGAGCAGGGGCCAUGGGAACGUGCUCUGGAAACUGACACACGGGUAUCUUCCUAGAAUGUGAGAAACAAGUCACGUGUACGUAUACCAGGCUAUCGC